UCCUCACCUGGUAAGAGGGAGGAGGAGAACUUGGCGCGUUACCUCUCGCCGCCGCGGAGAGCCGGAACCCACCGUCCGCUCUGCCGCAACCGUUAUGUAAAUACCUCGGAGCGGCCAGCGUCUCCAGACAGAAACGUUCAUUUAUUUUCUUACCCGACUUUGCCUUAAACGUGGACAAAUACACCGCCUUCCAGGGAGUACUGUUUACCUGGGCCACAGAGCUCCUUUUGCCUCAAGACGAGUUUGCGCCCAAUCUGUGAAUUCUGACGCGCUGCUGGGCAUAAUAUUGAAACACAAAACUGUUAAUUUGCUUUCUGCGUAGUUGGUCCGGAACUACGCUUCUUUCUCUUUUCGGGCGUUGAUGUUGAAUCUGCCUUAUUAGCAUCUUAAUAUGGCGGUACCCAAAGACGCCAUCCCUUCCUUGUCGGAAUGCCAGUGCCCGAUUUGUGUGGAAAUCCUGAUUGAGCCCGUAACACUCCCUUGUAACCACACGCUCUGUAAUCCAUGCUUCCAAUCGACUGUCGAAAAGGCAAGUUUAUGCUGUCCCUUCUGUCGCCGCCGGGUCUCUUCGUGGACCCGGUACCAUACCCGAAGAAAGUCUCUUGUCAAUAUGGAGCUGUGGGAGAUAAUUCAAAAGCACUAUCCAAAGGAAUGUAAGCGGAGAGCCUCUGGGCAAGAAUCAGAGGAAAUAGUUGAUGACUAUCAGCCAGUUCGGUUGUUAAGUAAACCCGGGGAAUUAAGAAGAGAAUAUGAAGAGGAGAUAAGCAAGGUGGAAGCUGAGCGACGAGCCACUGAGGAAGAAGAAAACAAAGCCAGUGUGGAAUACAUACAGAGAUUAUUGGCAGAGGAGGAAGAAGAGGAAAAAAGACAGGCAGAAAAAAGGCAGAGAGAGAUGGAAGAACAACUGAGAGGUGAUGAAGAACUGGCAAGAAUGCUAAGCAUUAAUAUUAACAAUUUCUGUGAAAAAAGUGUCUUGGCGUCUCCCUUGAAUUCCAGAAAAUCUGAUCCAGUCACAAUCAAGUCACAAAAGAAAAGUAAGAACAAACAGACAAACAAUGGAGAUAUUCAGAAAUAUUUGUCACCUAAAUCUCAAUUUGGGUCAGCAUCACAGUCCGAAGUUAUACAAGAAGGCAGGAAAAACUCCAUGUCUAAGGAAACUGACAGUAGUGAUGUAAAGAGCCCUACAUGGGAAGACACAGAAAUUGAUGAAGAUAUGCCAACACUUUCUCCGCAAAUAUGUCUUGAAAUUCAAGAACAAGGUACAAAGUCUUUCGUAGAGUCACCUAUGCCUCAGUUAUGUGCUAAUGGUAUGGAAUGGUGUCUUGAAGGAAAAGUCAAAACAAGACCAAGCAAUCAUGAUAAAGAGUUGUGUGUCAUAAAUCAUGAGGGACCUAAAGCCAGAGUUCCCUGCUCUAGAGAAGCUGCAGAUAAGCCUUGUGGCAAAACAGAGAGUGGGUGCACUUUAUCAGAUCAGACACAGAUAACUGGAAAUAACACAGUUGAGACAGAAAAUGAAGAGUCUCACCUGAUCAAUAAAGGUAUUUCCAAAAGAAAAAACCAGGAAUCCUCAUUUGAAUCAGUCAAUGAUCCAUGCUUUUCUGCCAAAAGAAGGAAAAUGUUCCCCAAAGGUUGCUUAGAUCAAGAGGAAACAGAAACCAACUUUACCCAAAAACUGAUAGAUUUGGAACAUCUACUUUUUGAGAGACAUAAACAAGAAGAAGAGGACAGGUUAUUUGCGUUACAGCUUCAGAAGGAGGAGGAUAAAGAACAGAUGAAGCCAAACCGGCAAAAAGGAUCCCCAGAUGAGUAUCAGUUACGUGCUGCGUCCUCACCUCCAGACAAAUUGCCAAAUGGACAGAGGAAGAAUUCCAAAGAUGGGAAGUUCAAAAGGCAAACUGAUAGAGAGUAUUUAAAACCUCGAAGAGGCUCAAAAAAUGAAAAUUGGCAACCUUCUUUUGAGAUCCAGUUGAAACGUUCAGUUAAUGUUAAUGGAAGAAAGAUGCCAAAUUCUACUAGAGAUAAUUGUAAUGUAUCUAAAACCACUCAUUCCUUACAGCCUAGUAAGUCACAGAAAAGUAUUUUUCAGAUGUUUCAGAGAUACACAAAGUAAUGCAUGAGUAAAGGGAGUGUGUUAUAAUCUAGUAAACUGGAUUGUGAAGCUCUCUCUUCAAUCAUAGAAACUUUAACAUUUUUUCAUUAAUUAUGGUCUGUGGGCACAUUCAUUGUUCUUAAUUAAAGGAUUGUGUGAUUACAAGGGAGGAAUAUACAGAUGUGUUUCUGCCAAACUCAGUGGUAAGCAAGAGUCCUAGCCUUUUUUUUUU